AUGGCGGCGUAUUUUGGCGGACGCGGCGCUUCAAGUCGUUUACAUGACGAUGAGAUCAUACAAGUGUUGGGCGACGGUGAUGAUUCCGAUAUCGAGAUUUUUAAUGACUCCGGCGACGAGGAACCAUUUUUUGGCUCUGCUGUCUUCGACAAUCUAGGUGACGAUGAUUUGCCCGAAGAACUUGCUGAAAAUCAAAGAUAUGACCAGGUGGAAGACAGUCCAGCACCAGAUCAGUCCAUACCAGCACCUACUGUUGUAGCACCAACCACUGAACGUCCGAGUUGCUCGGGUUCCCGCCCUCGCCGCUGGAGAGUUACUUCGUUUGAAGAUAAGCAGCAUAUGUACCCUGCACGAGCUGUUAAAUCGGCUGCCUAUGUACUGGCG